CUCUCCCAAAUCCACUAAGACUCCCAGGAGGGAGGGGAGUUACAACCGGAGAGAGUCGGAGUGCGUCUGUGUGUCAGAGGUUCUUUGAGAAAGCGAGGGAGCAUCACAUAUAGAGGAAGAGAAAGAGAGAGAGACAUAGGGGGAGAGAAGAUAUCAAGUCUGGACCAGGUGAUCGAGUACUAACAAACCUCCAAGGGGCUGCCACGGGUUGUAUCAGUGUGCACGGGAUCAGCGAUCCGACCAUGGUGCCCGCGCGCUGCCCGGGACCCUGUGCCAUACUGGCACUGGUUCUCCUCGUGGGAUGCAGGGCGGCUUUCUGCCUCGGCCAGAAUGACACGGAGCCCAUCGUGCUCGAAGGAAAAUGUCUUGUGGUGUGCGACUCUAACCCUUCUUCGGACGGAGGGGUCACCUCCUCACUUGGCAUAUCAGUCCGCUCCGCUGGGGCAAAAGUGGCUUUUUCCGCCGUGCGUGGAACCAACCAUGAGCCGUCAGAGAUGAGCAACACGUCUAUGACCAUCUACUUUGACCAGGUUUUAGUGAACAUCGGCAACCAUUUCGAUCUCAAAGCAAGUGUGUUCCUGGCUCCAAGGAGGGGGAUAUACAGUUUCAGCUUUCACGUGGUGAAAGUCUACAAUAGACAAACUAUACAGGUGAACCUGCUGCAGAAUGAUUAUCCUGUCAUAUCAGCAUUCGCCGGUGACCAGGACGUUACGAGAGAGGCGGCCAGCAACGGAGUACUGCUGAUGGUUGAACGGGAGGACCGCGUCUCUCUGAAGCUGGAACGGGGCACCUUAAUGGGCGGAUGGAAAUACUCCACCUUCUCAGGCUUUCUAGUCUUUCCUCUAUAAUCUAAUCUGCGAGGAUCCAUGUCGCACGAGACACUGUUUAUUGAGGAGGGGGGAAAAAACACAAAAAAAUGCCAUUUAUUUUCAACUUAAAUAACUGUCAGCCAAGGAAGCCGACGAAUAUCUGUAUACCUACUCGUCCACUAUCUAGUCAAAUAUGAACGUUUCCUUGGAGUUUCAUAUAUUCAAAUCCAUCUGUCAACUUUAACGCAAUCUGGAUGAUUAAAAGUAUUGAUCGGCCAGGGGCGUGUGCUUGUCAGGAAUGUGGAUUUUUUUUCUUGCUUGGAAAACAAACUUUGCCAACAGACAAACGUGGACAUGGGAAAAACGGACAAGGGCGAAGAUGAUGCGUGGAAGAACUGACGUCCUGGACAGGCCGAGUGUGUUAUACUCUAUUUUGUGUUUGUAUAGCCGAAAAGAUUAUAUGGUUUUCGUCCAAGUGAAGUAUAUGGAUUUAUGGACAACCAGAGAAGAAGUGCUCUCACGCCCAAGGCAUUUUUUUUGCACGAAUGGAAGUUUUUACUUUAUGUUUUGUGCUGUCAAUGGUGUUGCGUUUGGAUGCUGAACAUAUUGAAAAUAAGACAAAUGUAGGCUGCCGACGAGUUUAUUAAAAGAGAAAAAAGGCGACAUAUUUCAGCCACCGGAGACGAUUUAAAGCCCUUUUAUUAAAGAACAAUUAUAUAAUUUAUAAAGUACCUAUUCACAUUAUUGUGUGUUCUACAUUUCGGAAUCUGCGUAGCAUUGACUGAUUUAAUGUUCAGUGAAGUUGCUCACCAAAUGUACAUUGUGGAAAUA